ACUCCACUUGAAACUGACUUAGGAGAGACGAGUUUCGGGUAGAGAGUGUAUUAAUUCUUGGUAAAAAACAAACCAAAAUUUUUUUCACGAAAAAAAGCUUCGAAUUGUAUACAAAAUACAAAUACGGCAAAAUGAAUAUGAAAUUACCAAAUUUUAAUGUGAAGGAUCUGAUGCGAGAAGCUGGCAGUACCAUAAGUACUCAAGUUUCACGUGUAGUCCAACUAACGGAGGAAAAACUAAAUUUGACAUCUGAUAAGACAGAACUUGACAGCCACUUUGAGGCGCUUAUUGAACGAGGCGAAGCAACAAAGAAUCUUACAGAGAAAAUAGUAAAAGAUACUGAAGCACUGCUUGUUCCAAAUCCAGGCAACCGAGUCGAGGAUUUUAUUUUUGAGAAAAUAGAGAAAAAGAAGCCACAACGUUUGUCAAACAUAGAAUACUUGGGCUUGGAUUUAAUCGAAGCGGGGGGUACUUUUGGUCCUGAUGGAUCAUAUGGAGCUGCACUUAUAAAAACUGGACAAACCGAACAGAGGCUAGGUCAAGUGGAGCGUGAUUUCAUUGCAAAUACUGGGAUGUGCUUCAUUCAACCUUUACGCAAGUUUCUCGAUGGAGAAAUGAGAACUAUCACCAAAGAAAAAGGAAUUCUGGAGACGAAAAGAUUAGAUUUGGAUGCAUGUAAAUCGAGAGUACGGAAAGCCCGAUCUAUGAUAGGUCAACAAGCUAAAGAUGGAGUAAGUCCCGAACAAAUGCUCGAGCAGGCGGAACGUGAACUCAGAGUAGCUCAAUCAGAAUUUGAUCGUCAAGCUGAAAUAACAAAAUUGCUUCUGGAAGGCGUUGGAUCUACUCAAGCAACACAUUUACGUUAUUUACACGCCUUCGUGGAAUCGCAAGUUCGUUACUUCUCUCAAUGUAACAAAAUCAUGAAUGAAUUGCAGAAAGAAUUAUCAAGUUUGGGAGGCGAUGGUCCAAAAUAUGAAGUUAUGUGCGUCGACGAUGAAAUAGAUUCAAAUCGAAACGAUAUUCAAACGGAACCACUCAAUUAUCAACGGGCCAGAGUUUUAUGUUCUUAUGAUGCUAAGGAUAAUUUAGAAUUAAAUCUCAUCGCCAAUGAGGUGAUUUUUGUAGCAGAAUGUACUCCACUAAAUAGUGAUUACAUGCAUGGUAAGCAAGGGUUAUUGAAAGGACUCGUACCAAAAGCUUUUCUGGAAAUAAUGGACGAUUAAACAGAACCAUCAAUUUAACAUGAGAGAUAAUUUGACCUUCUUUGAAAAUUCAAGUCAAUUUGUUCCUUUUGAAAUAUGUGAAUUUGAAGCUAACAGCAAUUUAAUAUUAAAAAUAAGGCUUUGUUGCAUCAGAUAUACAUAAAUAUGCGAUUACCAUGAAAAUAUGAAUCAAUUUUAUGCUUCAACAAGCACGUUGAAAUUUGUCGUUAAAAAUUUUGCUAAUUCAGUACAAUUAAAUGAAAAGAUUGAAAACUUUUUCUCAAUCAUCAACAUGGAUAUUUAUGUAUGAGAAAUAAACUCACUUAUGACUUCUCUCAUUGAAUUCUUGAAAAUCAUUCUCAUUUUUUUAAUGUGAAUCAAUUGAAACGAUUGGCACAAAACAUCAAACUUCCUUCUCAUAAAUGUACCUUUCUAAAAUUUAAAUUAACUUACCAUUCCGAGUAUUCUAAAGAAAGAUAAACGAUUAAGAAACAUUCAAUGAUCUAAUUAUCAUUCAGCACUUGUUUUUUGAGAACUUAUGUUUUAUAAUGAUCUAUUUAAAUUCCUCUAUAGAAUAAAAGUUAUAAAAAAUUGCUAUAAUUAGAUUAUUCCUUCAAUCAUUAUUUGAAUUUCUCAUAAAAAAUAUUAAAUAGGUACUUAUCGAUAUAUUUACAAUGUUGCGAAUCUGAAAAAUAUUUGAUCGCAAAAAAAAUGACAAAUAAGUAGAAUUAUUGAAAGAAGGUAGCAUUAAAGAAUGCUUCGUAGAUUAGAUUCUAUUUAAAAAGAUGUAGGAAUCUUUAAUCAAAACUAGAUUAAAGCAAUGAAAAUGCAUUUCACUUAAUUACCUAUCUGAUACGGUUUAGAAAAUUAAUAUUGUCAAUUAAUCUUUAUCUUAUCUGAAACAGAACGAAACACACUUUAAUAAAUUUACUGAAUGAGAUAAAUAAAAACAAGUAAAUUGAAAAUCUUACUCGAUAUUAGAAGUUGGAAAUAAAUUCAUUUAACUGAAGAAGUUGGCAUGCUGUCAUAUAUCUAAAUAUUAUCUCUUACCUUAAUAAACCUUUAAAUCAACCAACGAAUGUAGCAAACAAAAAAACAAAUAAAAAAGUUCAAAAGAGACU